AUGGCAACGGGCCGGAGACAACUUAAGCGCCCCAGACGCCAGUGUGUGCGUAUUACAGCUCCCCUUACUCGGCGCCAAAAAGACGGCAUACAGAUGACACGGAAGCGACUAUUGGCGCAACACCCACUGCAGUGCAAAACGUGGUACAUAAACGUGAUGGUAGUCUACUUGGCUCAUCUCAGCCUUGCCGAGAAGCUGAUGUUCACCGCCAAUAUAAGCGAGCGCACAAAUAUGCAUAGACAGACGUAUAGAUGGACACUUAGAUGUGUAAUAGAUAAGUAA